AUGUACGGUAACGUAGGUCUUUCAACACCUCGUGGGUCUGGAACGAACGGUUAUGUCGUCCGUAAUCUUUCAUAUAUUAAGACACGUAAAGAUAAUGUUCAAUAUGAAUCUUUGGACGAAAUCAAAGCCAAAUCUUCUUCAUACUUGAAUCGUAAGCCGAACAAAGAUAUUCUAAAACAUGAGAAAAAGAGACAAGUGGAGAUUAAAUGUAUUGAUUUACGACAGCAACUUGAAGAGGCAGGACAAACUGAAGAGGAAAUUGAAGAUCGAGUGAAUGCUUUUCGUAAUGCUUUGCUCUCAGCGGUUGAUGCUGUUAAGGAUGAUAAAAAUAUACAAGAACAUCAGGUACACCAACUUAGCCAAGCAAAAGCUGUUGAAAAUGACAAGAUGAUGAAGGCCUUAGGCAUUAGACCAAAUAAUUAUGUGGAAGGUGCUUCCUUUGAUCGUGAGUUACAGGCACAAAAAAAACUUGAAC